GACCACUCCAGAAGUGGAUUUAUACUCAAGCAUGUGAAUAAUGAGGAGAUAUGAUGAAUCGAGAUGCUUGUAUGGAACAGUGCUAGCUGUGCUGUUGAUGAUAGUACUUAUGUCUGUAGCCACGUCUUCGUAUCCACAAAAAACUAUGAACAAACACAUCAGGAAACGUGCAUCUAGUUUACUAGAGAUCGCUGCAUGUGAAAGUCUCUCAGAAGGCGAGUUAAAGCGACGUCUUGGAACAGCUUUUGAUGAUUCUAGAAUGAAACUGCGAAAAGGCAGAAAAAAUCGGAAAAGAAAAAAACAAAGAAAAAAUAAGCAAUCACGUAAGGGUAAAAAACACAAUAGAAAGGAAGAUGUGCUGGAUAGUAGUGAUGAAAUUGAUAGGACUGCAGCUCAGCUUAUCGGGUAUGAGGAGGCAGCAUUUACAGACGCUACGUCAGUGGAUGUGGAUGACACGUCUUUGUUUACAGACUCUGUUGAAACGGAGCCUUACUAUACUCCAGUAGAAUACAAACGCAGCUUUAAAGGCACUGAAGCCACGAUGUAUCAUAACAACAGAACACAUCGUGAAGACAAGAGAAUUGAGAAACGUUCUAUAUCAGCCUUAGAACCUUGGCAGUGUAAAAUGAAAACUGAAUGGGUUAAAAUGAAAAAAGGAGUAUUUCCUCCAUAUAUUCAAACAGGAAGAUGUCUCUCGACAGAGUGUAUGGGUGGAGUAAUGUAUGAGUGUGUGCCUAAAAAAUAUGUGAUUAAAAUAUUAAAAAGAGACCCAAACUCUUGUAAUCCAUUGCCGAAUCUGAACUCAUCGACUACAUACGAAGAGUCGUGGAAGAUAUCUCGACACGAUGUAACUGUGUGCUGUGAAUGUCGAAGAAAAAGAAAAAUUAGGCGAAAAAAGGGUUGGGACGAAAGAUGACCAUUGCAGAAAAUACCCGUAUGUUUACCGGGUAAACAUGAUCAUAAUUGUCACCCAGUGAAUGCGUAUAUUUCUUCACCAUCAACAUGUGGAUGAAAGAUGGUUUAAGUGGCACGGGUCCAAAGCUCCUUUAAGAGGGCUAUAUAUGUUCUACCCCCAGCAUUAGGCCAAUACAACUGAAGCUGUUCGAAUUCGAUAACUAUAAUGGCCUUCAACUUGCCUGCCUAAAUACAAGUGGAGGAAGAGCGAGAAUAGUUGCAUUUAUUCUAUUAGCAAUAUUCUUCCUUAUCAAUGAUUGAUAAGAGAGCAUCGUCGAAAAGUUUUUGUGAAUGUUAGAAGUACACGAAUGAGAUAACGUUAAUUGAUGGAACAGUCAGUUGUGGUUGUUUACAGUUGUUUAUAUUGCAUCUUUUGCAUAUCUUGGAAUGCAGAGAAUCAUUUGAAAUUAUCACAAACACACA